AUGGCAGGUCAUUACGUUAUUGCAGGAAAAAAGUUCCUAAUCACAAGCUCUUAUGCUGCUCUCGGUGCUUGGGCUAUGUUAAAGCCUAAGGCUCCUCAACCCGCUACUCCUCCUAUUCAAGCUAGUUCUACUGAUGAAGAAGCAUUUAUUCGUGAAUUCCUUCAAAAGGCUGAAGCUGAAGAAAAGAAGAACUAA